CGGCGACAGACAGAGAGAGUCAGGAACAACCCACACUCGCGCUCACACACAACCUACAGCCCCAGACCUGUCGAAAAUAACGAUUUACUAGCACUACGUACACAGGGAGAUUACCUUAACCCAAACUUGGACUAUACAACUCUGCUUUCGGACCAGGAAAGCACAGGGAAACUAAACGUUUUUACUCUUCUCUUCUGCUUCCUGCUGCACCCUUUGUUUUUCCUUCCGUGGUCUCUGCUGUCCAAGCAGGCGUUCAUUAGCGCCCCACAGCGAAAAAGAGCGGUACAGCCAGAAGAUAGGCAGCCCGAGCAGCCUCAUCGUGGGCCCCUCCAGUUUAGCUGUCCGAUGCGGAGUGAGGAUGAGUCCUGCUCUAGAAGCCCUUAUGCAGGCAGACGGGACGCCCCUCCUAUCCCGGGAAAGGAGUGAUGCUUGAGCCCUUUGUGCACCAGGUGGGGGGCCACUCUUGCGUGCUGCGUUUCGGCGACCAGACCAUCUGCAAGCCCCUCAUCCCCCGAGAACACCAGUUCUACAAGAGCCUGCCCCCCGAAAUGAGGAAGUUCACCCCCCAGUACAGAGGUAAGCUUUUUCCCUACCCAACCUAAACCUACAAUAUAAUGCUACUGUCAUGUGAAUAACAUCCAUUAUGCUGUGUGUGUGUGUUGUGCCCUACUGCUAUUGCCCUUUAUUUCUCUCCUCAUCUCCUUUCUUCUCUCUCUAUCUUUCUCUACCUCCACCUCUCCAUUGCUCUCUUUUUAUCUCCCUGGUUAUCUCUACUGAUAUGGUCAGCUGGAGUGUUUUGUAAUAUUAGCUGCAUUUAGGAUUACAGCAGGUCACUGGAGAUGGCAGUACCACAGCAGCACAAAGGGUUUAGUUUCAUUGUGGGGCUCAAGUGAGAGGGGGGUUGGGGACAGACAGUAUGUGACUGCAUGAUGCAUCAGGGCUCUGCAGUGUCGGGUAAUGUAAUGGUGGAGAGGGGUAUGACAGGAUCUUCAUCCCCUGAUGGAUAGGUGUGACCAAGGCAUUCUGCAUUAGACGGAGACAACCCUCAUACACACGCAAAGGUGUCCUUGGUUGGGUAAGUCAGUCACACAGGCAGGAUGUAAUGUGUCUUUUAUUAGAUUCUAUUCUGUUCCAUUGGAUUAUAUCGCCAUUGAAAUAUCACAGAGGACCAACAGCAUCACUAUCUCGUCUGCUCAGACCAUGGUCGGCCCCAGGCCCUCUCCUGACAGUAGGGAUAAAAGCCCAGUAGCCCUGAGCGCCUGCCCGGCAUGUCCGCAUCUCCGAAGAGGGCUAAAGUUACUGGAGGAAGGAUCCAGUUCCCAACAUACUCAAUAAUUAAUGGGGCUGAUCAUCAGAGACAGAAUGCUGAGUGGGAGAGAUAGCUGUGUCUGACUGGACAUCAGCCUGUCAUGGAUAACGAAUACACACACAAACACUCUCACACACCUUGGGUGGAAUAUCUCACUCUGUAUUGUUUUUCAUUGACCAUGAUGCUACAUUCGGUGCCUCCUGACACUUGCACUCACAGAUAGGCCUACACACACAUCACACACACAUACACUUUCUAUCAAGUCACUCCUACCCCGGUUAUGUGAUGGAGUUGAGGCGCUAGCAUGUAUCUGACUCUGCAGCAAUGCAUCGUAGAACUAUAAAAAGACCAGUGUGAUUUGGAUGGUAGAUGAAGCUGUAGAAAGAAGAGCACAGACGUCUGGUGACACUGAGAAUAUUCCACACCUAACAAACACACUUACUUCUGCUCAAAACACUUUUACACACACUCUCACACUCUUACAAACUAAUGUAGGCCCAUAUACAGUCACGUUCACACACUUGCAUACUCACAAAGCACAUGAGUCGCAGGCACUUAAACACUCAUCCUUACAUGCCCCGCUAACAGUGCAGCUCUGUCAGUUGGAACAGCCCUGGCCAGUAGAGGGUUAACUGCUUCAGGGUAGUGACAUCACUGUGCAUGACAUCACUCAAGACAGGCGCUGCAGAGGAGAGAUAAGCGCUGGGUCCCAUUGUCCUCCAAGUCACUGGCCAACCCACCCAUUAUCAGCUCAUACACAUAGGCCCUAAUGAAGGAUCUGUCUUUAUGCUUCAGAGAACCUUUCCUCCAGUGUAAACCAGGGAUGUUUUUGUUUGUAUUUCAGAAAGGCUGGGAUUUGCUUUUGCUGUCAGUCUUAUUGUCAUGUUUAAAUUCAAUGGGAUGCUGAAUAUCCAUCCCCCUGCCUAUCUCUCUCCAUCUCCCAAUCCCGCUGUUCCUCCCUCCCUCUCUCUAGUUUGUCUGUGUCAGCUCCUGCAGCUGUGAUGUUUACUCUUCCUGUCUUGACACCCACCACCCCCUUCCCCCAGUCUGCAGAGAGGGUUGCAGUACACAGGCCCUUCUGCAGGGGUUUAUUAGGUAGAGGGGGAUAGGGGGUGUGUGCAUGUUUGGGGAACGCAUCAUAAAUGAUCCCAGGACUAAGUAACAGUGUGUACAGUUUUCUAUGAAAGUGUUCCGGAGACCCACCACCCUCCUCUCCACCACUCCGUCCAUCCCACCACUCUGUCCAUCCCACCACCCUCCUCCCCACCACUCUUUCCAUCCCACCACCCUCCUCCCCACCACUCUGUCCAUCCCACCACCCUCCUCCCCACCACUCUGUCCAUCCCACCACCCUCCUCCCCACCACUCUGUCCAUCCCACCACCCUCCUCCCCACCACUCUGUCCAUCCCACCACCCUCCUCCCCACCACUGUGUCCAUCCCACCACCCUCCUCCCCACCACUCUGUCCAUCCCACCACCCUCCUCCCCACCACUGUGUCCAUCCCACCACCCUCCUCCCCACCACUGUGUCCAUCCCACCACCCUCCUCCCCACCACUGUGUCCAUCCCACCACCCUCCUCCCCACCACUCUGUCCAUCCCUUCCCUUUUUCAUUUGUUAGUGUGUUUGGAUUAUUGACUUCAAAUGGACUGUAUAAAAAGGCAAGUCAGACUGAAUGGACUCUUAAAACAUGGACUGGUCAGAGAGACGGUGCACACAAAAUGCCUGUCUUGAUGGAACUGUUGUAUCUCUAUGAAGUAUAAUUCAGGUGUGUUGUUGUUGUGGUGGUUUUUGAGUUUAUACAGUGUAUUUUUGCUGUCAUUUCUUUUGGGUUGCCUUGAAACAUUGUAACACUGUGUAUCAGUUAAUUUGUGGUUCUGGGUGGGUUUGGUAGUUUCUCAAUAAAGGUCGGACUGAGUGUCAUACAUUUGAGCCUCCUGUGGUGUUUGUGUAUCUCUUUGCUUCUUGGGUUCAUUCUCACAUUCACAUUUGAAGUACUUGGAAACACAUACAUUGUUGUUGCCACUUAUUGCUCUCUCUCUGCUGCCUCCUUGACCCCCACCCACUCUCUCUCUCUGCUCCCUCCAUAGCAAAGCAUGUGUUUGUUUGUGUUUGCGUCUCUCUUUACAGAGUGUAUUUGGCUGGAAGCAGGACCCAGUUGGUAAGAGCUGCCUAUGACUACCCAGUUACUGGGAGGUUUUGGCUUCAUCAUAGCAUUAUAAAAUAAAAAAUCCAAUGCCGGGUACUAACCACCUUCCUAUCCUUCUCUUUUCCCCUUCCCUCCAUCUCUCCCUCUCUCAGGUGUGGUGUCAGUCAGCUUUGAGGAAGACGAAGAGGGCAACCUGUGCCUCAUUGCUUACCCCAUCCACAAUGAACCAGAGAACAUGGAAAACAAGGACCCCUCAGCUGACUGCGAGCCUAAAAGCAAGAUGAUCAAGUGGGGCAACAAGAAAUCAUCGUCCCUAUUGCUGGAUAAUGACAACUACAGCAAAGACCGGGCCAGACAGAGCACUAAAGAGAACAAGAGCAAAAGGUGAACACAUACUGUUGCAUCCAUACACAUACUGAAUGUACAAAUAUAUCCAAACACCAACAGUUUCAUAGAUUCAAUACAGCAAAGAUGUACUGUAUGGUGAUUGGCAGAUAUCUAACUUCUCUUUCCUCUCUAUGUGUGUGUAGUUAUAACGGUGCGGAGGUGCAGCAGCAGGCUGAGGUACUCCGCUACAGCCUAGAUCGGAAGCAGAUCAAACACAACCCCUGGAGUCUGAAAUGCCACCAGCAGCACCUCCAGAGGAUGAAGGAGAACUCCAAACACCGCAACCAAUACAAAUUCAUCCUGUUGGAGAACCUGACAUGGCGUCACGCAGUGCCGUGCGUGCUGGACCUGAAGAUGGGCACGCGGCAGCACGGUGACGACGCGUCAGAGGAGAAGAAGGCCAACCAGAUCCGCAAAUGUCAACAGAGCACCUCCGCCUCCAUCGGUGUCCGGCUUUGUGGCAUGCAGGUGUACCAGUCAGACUCAGGCCAGCUGAUGUUCAUGAACAAGUACCACGGGAGGAAGCUGAGCCUGCCGGGCUUCAAGGAGGCUCUGUUCCAGUUCUUCCACGACGGGCAGCGUCUGCGGCACGAGCUGCUCUCCCCGGUGCUGCGGAAGCUCAGGGAGAUGCAGGAAACCCUGGAGUCCUGCGAGUCCUACCGCUUCUACUCCUCCUCCCUCCUCAUCAUCUAUGAUGGGGAGCCCCCCCGCGCCCCCACCCGACCCCGCCACCGUGGAGGAGAGGAGGGUGAUGAAGACGAGCCCUCAGAUGAGGAAGAGGAAGAAGGGGCGUUUGGGUUCACCCGUGGCUCGGCAGCUGGCAGCAGUGCUGGCGGGAGCAGUAACGGGAGCAGUAAUGGGAGCAGUAACGGGAGCAGUAACGGUAGUGCCGGUCGCUCGUCCCGUGGUGGAGCAGGGGAGGCCAGCAGCCCGGCAGUGGAUGUGAGGAUGAUAGACUUUGCCCACACGACGUGUCGCCAUUACGGGGAGGACAGUGUGGUGCAUGAGGGUCAGGACAGUGGCUACAUCUUCGGCCUGCAGAACCUCAUCACCAUCAUCUCCCAGCUGGAGGAGCAUAGCGCCGACUAA